UGCCUGCCGGGAUACUCGGCCCGCCCAGCCAGUCCGCCCGUCUUGCGCCCCUGCCGCGAGAUCCGUGUUUCUCCCAAGAUGGUGGCGCUGGGCUCAGGGUGACUACAGGAUACGACAGGGCUUUUUCUCCUUCGCCAGAACCCGGACACACCAGCUUUCGCUCGCUCGCGCGCUCCGCCGCCGCGUAGCCAUCCGCCGGCUCCGGCGCCCGCCAUCCGCCGCCUACUUACGCUUCACCUCUGCCGACCCGGCGUUCUCGGCUGCGGGCGGCGGCGCCUCCCGUGGCUCCUCCUCGGAAUAGCUCGCGGCCUAUAGCCCCUGCCAGGAGGGCCCUGCAGCCCCCCAGUGUGGUCAGGCAGCGGCUACUGGCGACAAACGUCGGGAUUUUGGUGGCCCCGGGGCCUCCUUUCCCGGCAUCGGUUUCCGGAGAAGGAAGCGCGGGUCCCGCAUGAGCCCCGGCGGUGGCGGCAGCGAAAGGGAACGAGGAGGUGGCGGGCGGAGGCGGCGGGCGAGGGCGACAACGACCAUUGAGGCGGCCGCCGCUGCGAGGGCCGCAGCCCAGGCGCGGGGGCGACGACAGGUUAAAAAUCUGUAAGAGCCUGAUUUUACAAUUCACCAGCUCCUCAGAAGUUUGGCGAAAUAUGAGUUAUUAAGCCUACGCUCAGAUCAAGUUAGCAGCUAGACUGGUGUGACAACCUGUUUUUAAUCAGUGACUCAAAGCUGUGAUCACCCUGAUGUCACCGAAUGGCCACAGCUUGUAAAAGAGAGUUACAGUGGAGGUAAAAGGAGUGGCUUGCAGGAUGGAGAAGCUGCACCAAGUAUUAUUGGAAUGCCAGCAGGUUUAUUUUUUGUUUUGCAAGCCAGCUCUGCCUCCUUACAGUAUGACAUCUGAUGCUUGCUGGAGGGUCGCACUUUCAAAAAUGAGUCAGCUGGUACAUGGGGUUAUCAUCAAUUUUUAGCUCUUCUCUCUGGGAGAUACAAGUUUGGAAGCAAUCUUGGGGUACUUACCCACAGGCUGGUGGAGACCAGAUCACCAGGAGAACCUCAGUCUGACGACAUUGAAGCUAGCCGAAUGAAGCGAGCAGCUGCAAAGCAUCUAAUAGAACGCUACUACCACCAGUUAACUGAGGGCUGUGGAAAUGAGGCCUGCACGAAUGAGUUUUGUGCUUCCUGUCCAACUUUUCUUCGUAUGGAUAACAAUGCAGCAGCUAUUAAAGCCCUCGAGCUUUAUAAGAUUAAUGCAAAACUCUGUGAUCCUCAUCCUUCCAAGAAAGGAGCAAGCUCAGCUUACCUUGAGAACUCAAAAGGUGGCCCUAACAACUCCUGCUCUGAGAUAAAAAUGAACAAGAAAGGAGCUAGAGUUGAUUUUAAAGAUGUGACUUACCUAACAGAAGAGAAGGUAUAUGAAAUUCUUGAAAUAUGUAGAGAGAGAGAGGAUUAUUCCCCUUUAAUCCGUGUUAUUGGCAGAGUUUUCUCUAGUGCUGAGGCACUAGUCCAGAGCUUUCGGAAAGUCAAGCAGCACACCAAGGAAGAGUUAAAAUCUCUUCAAGGAAAGGAUGAAGACAAAGAUGAGGAUGAAAAGGAGAAAGCUGCAAGUUCUGCCGCUGCUAUGGAGGAAGAUUCAGAAGCUUCUUCCUCAAGAGUAGGCGAUAGCUCACAGGGAGACAACAAUCUACAAAAAUUAGGCCCUGAUGAUGUGUCUGUGGAUAUUGAUGCUAUUAGAAGAGUCUACACAAGGUUGCUCUCUAAUGAAAAAAUAGAAACUGCCUUUCUCAACGCACUCGUGUAUUUGUCACCUAAUGUGGAGUGUGACUUGACAUAUCACAACGUGUACUCCCGAGAUCCUAACUAUUUGAAUUUGUUCAUUAUUGUGAUGGAGAAUAGAAAUCUCCAUAGUCCUGAAUAUCUGGAAAUGGCUUUGCCAUUAUUUUGCAAAGCAAUGAGCAAGCUACCCCUUGCAGCCCAAGGAAAACUGAUUAGACUGUGGUCUAAAUACAAUGCAGAUCAGAUUCGGAGAAUGAUGGAAACAUUUCAGCAACUUAUUACUUACAAAGUCAUUAGCAAUGAAUUUAACAGUCGAAAUCUAGUGAAUGAUGAUGAUGCUAUUGUUGCUGCUUCGAAGUGCUUGAAAAUGGUUUACUAUGCAAAUGUAGUAGGAGGGGAUGUGGACACAAAUCACAAUGAAGAAGAUGAUGAAGAGCCCAUUCCUGAGUCCAGUGAACUGACACUUCAGGAGCUUUUGGGAGAGGAAAGAAGAAACAAGAAAGGUCCUCGAGUGGACCCACUGGAAACUGAACUUGGUGUUAAAACUCUGGAUUGCCGAAAACCACUUAUCCCUUUUGAAGAGUUUAUUAAUGAACCUCUGAAUGAUGUUCUAGAAAUGGAUAAGGAUUAUACUUUUUUCAAAGUAGAAACAGAGAACAAAUUCUCUUUUAUGACAUGUCCCUUUAUACUGAAUGCUGUCACGAAGAAUUUGGGAUUAUAUUAUGACAACAGAAUUCGCAUGUACAGUGAACGAAGAAUCACUGUUCUCUACAGCUUAGUUCAAGGACAGCAGUUGAAUCCAUAUUUGAGACUCAAAGUCAGACGUGACCAUAUCAUAGAUGAUGCACUUGUCCGGCUAGAGAUGAUUGCUAUGGAAAAUCCUGCAGACUUGAAGAAACAGUUGUAUGUGGAAUUUGAAGGAGAACAAGGAGUCGAUGAGGGAGGUGUUUCCAAAGAAUUUUUCCAGCUGGUUGUGGAGGAAAUCUUCAAUCCAGAUAUUGGUAUGUUCACAUAUGAUGAAUCUACAAAAUUGUUUUGGUUUAAUCCGUCUUCUUUUGAAACUGAGGGUCAGUUUACUCUGAUUGGAAUAGUACUGGGUCUGGCUAUUUACAAUAAUUGUAUACUGGAUGUGCAUUUCCCCAUGGUUGUCUACAGGAAACUAAUGGGGAAAAAAGGAACUUUUCGUGACUUGGGAGACUCUCACCCAGUUCUGUAUCAAAGUUUAAAAGAUUUAUUGGAGUAUGAAGGGAAUGUGGAAGAUGAUAUGAUGAUCACUUUCCAGAUAUCACAGACAGAUCUUUUUGGUAAUCCGAUGAUGUAUGAUCUAAAGGAAAAUGGUGAUAAGAUACCAAUUACAAAUGAAAACCGGAAGGAAUUCGUCAAUCUCUAUUCUGACUACAUUCUCAAUAAAUCAGUAGAAAAACAGUUCAAGGCUUUUCGUAGAGGUUUUCAUAUGGUGACCAAUGAAUCUCCCUUAAAGUACUUAUUCAGACCAGAAGAAAUUGAAUUGCUUAUAUGUGGAAGCAGGAAUCUAGAUUUCCAAGCACUAGAAGAAACUACAGAAUAUGAUGGUGGCUAUACCAGGGACUCUGUCCUGAUUAGGGAGUUCUGGGAAAUUGUUCAUUCAUUUACAGAUGACCAGAAAAGACUCUUCUUACAGUUUACAACAGGCACAGACAGAGCGCCUGUAGGAGGUCUAGGAAAAUUAAAGAUGAUUAUAGCCAAAAAUGGCCCAGAUACAGAAAGGUUACCUACAUCUCAUACUUGCUUUAAUGUCCUUUUACUUCCGGAAUAUUCAAGCAAAGAAAAACUUAAAGAGAGAUUGUUGAAGGCCAUCACAUAUGCCAAAGGAUUUGGCAUGCUGUAAAACAAAACAAACAGAAAAAGGAAGGAAGAAAAAAAAAGAAAAAAAAUUUUAAAAAAUUUAAUAAAUAUAACAAGAGGGAUAAAUUUUUGGUGGUAGUAGUGUCCCAGUACAAAAAGGCUGUAAGAUAGUGAACCACAGUAGUCACCUGUGUCUGUGCCUCCAUUCUUUAUUGGGGACAUGUGGGCUGGAACAGCAGAUUUCAGCUACAUAUAUGAACAAAUCCUUUAUUAUUAUUAUAAUUAUUUUUUUGCGUGAAAGUGUUACAUAUUCUUUCACUUGUAUGUACAGAGAGGUUUUCUGAAUAUUUAUUUUAAGGGUUAAAUCACUUUUGCUUGUGUUUAUUACUGCUUGAGGUUGAGCCUUUUUGAGUAUUUAAAAAAUAUAUACCAACAAAACUACUCUCCCAAGGAAAAUAUUGCCACCAUUUGUAGACCAUGUAACCUUCAAGUAUGUGCUAUUUUUUGUCCCUGUAUCUAACUCAAAUCAGGAACUGUAUUUUUUUUUUUUUUUAAUGAUUUGCUUUUGAAACUUGAAGUCUUGGAAACAGUGUGAUACAAUUACUGCUGUUCUAGCCCCCAAAGAGUUUUCUGUGCAAAAUCUUGAGAGUCAAUAAAGAUGGAAGGGAGAAUUUGGAAUGUUUUAACUGCAGCCCUCAGAACUUUACUUUAGUAACAGCACAACAAAUUAAAAACAACUCAUGCCACAGUCUGUUGUCUUCAUGUGUCUUGCAGUGAACUGUAUCAGUAGCCAACCCUCUUUCUUAGUAUGAAAGGACAGGGAUUUUUGUUGUUGUUGUUGUUGUUGUUGUCGUUGUUGUUGUUUUAAGUUUACUGGGGAAAGUGCAUUUGGCCAAAUGAAAUAGUAGUCAAGCCUAUUGCAACAACAUUAGAAAGUUUGUUGUUUAUUAUAAACAAAAAGCAUGUGAAAGUGCACUUAAGAUAAACUUUUUAUUGAUUACUUAUUACCUAGAGUUUAAAUAGACAAUCCAAAGUCUCCCCUUCAUGUUGCCAUCAUCUGUUUAAGCAGCCAUCUUAUCAAGGCAUGUGAUCAGUGUUGCAACCUGAUGGAAAGGCUGGCUACUGUGCCUCCUGCUACUUAAUCAUACAGUAAGCCAACCUGGAACUGAAUGGAACUGUUACUCCUAAGAAUUACAUUGUAUAUCCCCAAAGGUUAAAUUUUACUUCAAAGUGUUAAAGAUUGCUUUCAUGUACUGUGGGGAAGUACAGAUAGGUUUAAAUUACUGGAUAUUCAGAAGUAAGUAGUUUCCCCUUUCCUAGUCUUCUGUGUCUGUGAUGUUAAUUUCUUUUAUUGCAUUACAAAAUAAAAGGAUUAUGUAUUUUUAACUAA